UCCUUUGAGCCACAUAUGCACCAAACCAAACCAUCCGCCUUCGCCACCAUCCGCCAUUUGCAGUUGUUGCGUUCAUUGAGCUUUUCGGAGUAUCGGAUCGUCAAUCUUGUUUUCCAUCGGAUUUUUCACGAAUUUAUCAUCGCCAAGAGAACAAGAAGCACCAUGUCUUUUAAUCGGGGUAUGAAAAGAGAUUCCUUCGGAAAUCGAGGGAAUUUCAAUCGGAGUGGUGGUGGUGGGGGAGGUGGCGGCAACAGAGGCAACAACAAUAUGGGCAAUGCUGGCAUGGGAAACAACAUGGGAGGAGGAAUGAGCGGAAGUGGCGGUAUGAGCGGAAUGAAUCCUUGGGAAGGUGGUAUGAUGCCUGGAGGUAGGGGCAUAUUACCUACGCCAAACAACAAUUUGUCCCUAACAUCUCAGACUCAGUUGGCACUUGCUAGCAAUCUUCUUACAAAUCUGCUGCGCACUCAUACUCAAGAAGUGCAACCUCAAGUACCAUCUCUCAUGAGUCUAGGAAAUAAUUAUUCAGGAUCUGGACCAAAUUACUCCAAUCAACAAAACUAUUCCUCCGGACGAUUUAACGAUCGACCAGUUCGACAUCUCAUGAAGAACCAACGUCCCAGUCCAUAUAAGAUGGGCAAUCGAGCCCGAGAUGGCCCUGCUGGGCGACGUGGCCCAACCGUACAGACUCGUUCACCCCAGUCUGGCAGUCAGCGUAUGAAUGGAAACCAAAUCGAUCAUCGCACCGAUAAAUCUUCUAAACCAAUUCCUGCCUCUAAACAAAAUCAGACUACUACCAAAAAGGAACAGCAGGAUGUUAAGACUGAUAGUGAAAAAGCAGAACCAUCUAUUUCAAAAAGAGAAGAUUCAAGCGAUGUCGAAGAAAAGAAGCGGGAUUGGAACGAAGAGAAGAAGGAGACAAAAGAAGUAGAAGAAGAAGAAGAAGAAGAAGCAACAUCUGUGAAAGUAGAAGAUGAAGAAACAGAUGAGGUAAAGGAGGAGAAAUCUGCCUCCGCGGAAGACUCUCAAUCAAAAGAUGCGAAAGACGCAUCUCAGAAAUCAGAAAAAGAAAACGCGAAAACAGCUGGGAAGAAAUCUGAAGCUCGCCAUGCCGAAAGUCGUUACGCCGAAGUCCCGAUGAGCCACAUGUUUUGUCACAUUUGCAACAAGCAUAUGUGGGACGGAUUUUCUUUUGAGAAUCAUAUACGUGGACGUGUACAUCAGCUGAUGAUGGAAAAAUUAGACGAAUCGUAUAAACUGAAGGUCGAUUUGAUGAGACAUGAAUUGCGAGUUGCUGAGGAGCAACGCGAGCUCAGUUUGAACAAUUCGAAACGACGCGGCAAAAAGGUUCCUGUAGAUCUUAAUGUGAGGGAAUACUGUACGAUGUGUGACCUAAACUUUUACGGUAGCUUGUCUACACACAGAAAGAGCGAGAAGCAUCAACAGUUGAAAACAUUCUUGCAUCCUCGAUGCUUCCCUUGUCUGAAGGAAUUCCCGUCUCGCAUAGAAUACGACGAACACUGUUUGACGCCCUCUCACAUGAAAAAUGUUGUCCAAUGUGAAGAACAACGAAAAAAUAAAAAGAAAGAAAAACUGGCAAAGGGAGAGGCUGAAGUUCGUACCGCUGAAGAUGAAGAAAAAGAUGUUCAGCAUGAAGGAAAGAACGAAAAAGAAGAUGAUAAUAAAGAACAAGAAUAUCUAUUGGAUAUUACAGAAAAUAUGAAUGAGAAAUCGAAGAUACCACCUUACAAGUAUUGCAGACAGAAUCAGAUUUUGAUCGGUAAAUCUAUGGUCAAAGAAGUUCAAGGAUAUUACUGCGAACGUUGUCGAAGAUUUAUGCUCUUGGCUGAAGACAUGAAUGCUCAUUUACGCAGCAUUACUCAUUACAGAAACUUCGUAGCGGAAGUGAAAUCGUUAACAGCGAAUACGUCAGAGAAAGAUGGCGAUCAAACUAACAAGAGCGAGAAAAACACAGAAGGUGACACGGAAGAUAACGACGAAUAUGAGGGAAAUUGGAAACGACGCAAGCUUAAUGACAACGAAAAUACAGCUGACGACGAUUUAAAUGACACGCAAGAAAGUAAUACCGAUGAUAAUGCUGAUAAUGCGAUGCAAAAGAAAUCUGACGGAGAAGAGAAAUAUGAUCCGUUGGAAGCUGACGCCGCCGAGUCGGAAGAAGAUGACUCUCAACAAGACGUUAAACCCACUAAAGAAGAACCGGAGGUGAUUACCAUCGAAGCAUCUAGUGACACCCAAGAAACAAAGAAGACACCAAACGAAGAAACAUGGACGGAUGCAGAUAAUGACAACAAUGCUGAGACGAAUAAUGUGACUGAUAAUGUUGAGAAAGAACAGGAAAAACCACAGACCAAGAUCGAGCAGAAUCACAGUCCUCAAAUGAUGAAAACAUCCACACCUAGAGGCCGUGGAUUUAUGCGCGGUCGCGGCAAUCAGCGCGCCAGAAAAUCACGACGAUAAGGUAAUAUUAUAACUUACGAGAAAAUGCGAAAGCGAAUUCAAAAAGAAUUAGUCAACUACGUGUUUCAAUGUAAGAAAUAAAAACACAUUUUUUGUCAACAGAUUAGAUGUAUGUUACGCAUAUUACUCUUGUAAACGUAACGAUGUAAUAGCGUAAGUUGUCUCUAAGCAAACUAUUUUCCUAGUGUCAUGUACUGGAAAAGAAAAUGCACGCAAGAUAAUACGUUAAAAUAUUUAGAAGCACAAGGGUGUUUACUUAGUAACUUGGAAUUUGUUUAUUUUCUCGGAAUCAAUCAUGUAUAAACCAUAAAACUUUUUACAUUAAAAAUAAUUCAAGGAUUUUUGUGAUCUAUUUUUAUUUUCUGUAGAUAGUAUUUAU